CUAAAUCGGGCGCCUCGUCGCCGACGCCUUCAACACCGUCCCAACGUGAGGAGCGCGUUGGCGCGUGCGCGGCGUCGAGCUCGUCUCAUCUCAAUGCCGUCUCUUCCUUCAGGUCAAAUCCAAAGCUGGACAAGGAUUUGAAUUCUCGAACGCGGCUGACGUGAAAGCGAUGCUCGCGCCGGCGGGAGGGAGGUUUGGCUCGAGGUCGCCGGCAAAGGUAAGAACGUGAAUCAAAACUUGCCAGGGUGUCUCGGAACUCUCCGUCGGGACUCACGAGGAAGGGAGGCAGGGAGGGACGAUCCCUAACGAAGCAAGGCCGUGGCCCACGGUGUUUUGUCGCACUCCUCUGGAGGCUGUAUUAUGAAUCAUCCGGGUCGAAAUUAUCAGGAGACCAUUGUUGGGAUUUUGUAUGGAUUUGGAUUCAUCGUCGACUUGGCUUUGUUUUCGGCUGGGUGAUUGAAUGUUGGCGUUCGCCUUGGAUUUUCUUCGACGUGACUGAAGAGAACCAGCGCCACGAGGAAGAUUCAGGCGUUUUAGGAAAAUGGCGAUGAGAUCGCGGCUACGACGGGGUUUCGCCUCUGGCUUGUUGGGGAGCAAUGUCGAUGGGUCCCGAGGCGACGGUUUAGAAUGUUGAGCUCGUAAGUGGAGCUGGUCACCAGGAGCAGGAAAUUGGUGAGAUUUUGUUCCCUUCCGAGGCGGGAUGGGUUUUGCAGUGUUGGCCCGUCCGGCGUUGUUCUUGCAGUUGGACACUGCAAAGAGUGGUUUAUCGGAUGGGAGAUGGGAUGGCGCAGGAGGAGGAGAGUCCGUGACUUCCAAUUCUGUGAAAUUCUCGAACAAGAAGCAGAAGCAGGGUUACACAACGUCGGUGAAGAGAUAUGUAGCCGAGAAAGCUGCAUUGAAAUGGUUCAGCAGGCUAAAUAACGGUGGGAGAAUCGUGCAUUGUCCCUCGUCACCUCUGAGGUCUCCGAAUGAUGAUGUACACGAUUGCCAGCAAAUUGGGUCUGUCUCUGAAAAGACGAAACCUGCCAUUUUCUUCAAAGCAGCUCAAAAGCUUGGAAGUCUCGGUCGGAGGAAAACGGCGGGAGGCUCUGAAAAAACAUCUGCUCUUGGGAAAACAUCAAUAAGGCGCACAAAAUCAUUUUCUAGUGUGGGUAGAGUUGCAAAUUACAGUCAAGUGGUCACUGCGUCCAACUCUGAAGAUGAAUGCUUUCUUAGGGGACCUGCCAACAAAAGACCAGUAAAUCAACCUUCAAAUGGUACGGGAAAAGCGUGGAAGAUGCUGGGAGGCGCAGUGGUCGCCGCCGGGACUGUGGCCACGGCUGGCGCAGCUUUGAGGGGAUUUGAGAGUGGCAGCGCCCUAGCUUCCAGUGGUGAUGGGGGUUUUGGGCAAUCAGGAACAGGUCACGGAGGCGGAGGUGGGGGCGAUUGGAAUGGGGGUGGGGGUGAGAAUGGGGGAUUUGAUGCAGGGGGCGGUGAAGGUUUUAUAGCAGAUUCCAUUUAUGACUCAAACAAAGAACAUGAUUCUUUUUCACCCAAGUCAAUCAGUUUAGUCAGGAAAAAUGUUGUUGCAACGAGGCCAUCAUUAGCUUCUCUCAGUUCUGCUGCUGGGGACUUCAUCGAUGGAGAGGCUCCACUCGGAGGAGAUUACACAUCCACCAUUUAUUCAACUACAGAUUCCUAUCCUGUGGCUGACCAGUCAAAGAUCAAGAGUCAUUACUCCCCUGCCACUGUUCCUCAAGAUCAUCAGAAAUAUGGCGACCGUUCUAAUUUUGAUCACGACGAGGACCUAUUCUUCGGAUCUGAGGUAGAAGAACGUCCUCUCGGUGGAGUUCCACAAGAUCUUCGGAGAAAAGAUGACGGGUUUCAAACAAGGAGCAGACCCUCUAAUCUUGAUCCCUCUAGUGGUAAGCCACCAUCUCCGAACCAGACGUUAAGAGGAAAUUAUAAUGCAUACGAGGAUCAACAUCGUGUUCCUUUUCAAUACCAUGCCUCUUCUGAUCGUCAAUCACAUCCAAUUCCUGAAGAUUUUACGUCCUUCGGACCGGAUACAAGGACUACGCUUACUUCUGAACCUCGUGGAAUUGGUCAGGAGAGAAGCGACGGGACUGAUUUUUCUAGUUGGGUCUCUGGGCUCUUCGAUACAAUUUUGGGAAAGAGAUCAGGUGGACAGGGUGGUGGAGCUGAAGGCAAACCCCUUGACGAUGAUGAAAAGAAGGGACUCGUAGCUGAAACAGCCGCCUUGGCUUUGAAACUGCUCUCUGAAAAAGGGGAUGAUUUUGCGAAGAAAUUUGAGACAAAUGCGUUGAGAAGGUUGCAGAGGGAGACAUUUUCGGAUCUUUUGAAAGUUCGAGAAAGGCUCGACAAACUAGAGCAUAAAACUGGUCUCCGCGGAAGGACACAUGGGGAUGCCUUGACAAGUGCCAGGACCAAUUUGAGAGGCGAAGUUAAUGCAGGAGGCGCAUUCGUUAUUGUUGAAGACAGCAGCAGUGCUCACUCUCGUGCCUCACUUCAGUACGCGGGAUUGAAGACUGGGUUAGAUGUCCGGUUCACGUUCACAACGCCGAUGAGAGAGGGUGAUAUGCUGACCACUCAGUGUGGUGUAGGACAAGGUUCGGGAAUGAGUGAUGACCACAGCUUCGGAGGACCAUUAAUUCUGCAGAAAAUAAACUAUUUGGCACAAAUUAAUGACUCGCUAUCAGUGUCCAUCGCUCCUCUUGGAGCGAGGGCAAGCGACAUGUCGGACACGGUCAAUCACUUACAGGGACAAGCUUUGACAACAUUUGCAGGGACGGGACCUGCUCUUUACCAGAACUGCAAGGGUUCUGCUAUCGGAGCGAGUCUUAGGAGCAGUAGUGUGCUGCUAUCCAUGUCACAAUUUUUGUCAGGAUGGGGAAGUACUGCCCCUGAAAUGGCCCCCGAACCUUUAUGCCUCAGCACACUUGCUCAAUUCAUGGUCCAGCCGUGUGACCACUUGGUUCUCUCAUUGUCAGCUGUGAAUAAUGUAUGGCCAAGUCCUCCUUCUCCUACGUUCAGUGGUUUCCACUGGAGUGAGAUGGGACCCCUGGUUCUGUGCAAAACGGUAACUCGACCAACUGGCGCCUUCAUUUUUAACCCAAUGCGUCCAUCGGCCGGUAAUUCAAUAAUUUUGCAGGGAAAUGCUCCUACCGAGAGUUGGAGUGCACACGAAAUUAGAGGAAGUAGGGGGAUCGCAAUGCAGUCGGUUGCUUUGGCUGGAGAAGUUGAUCUUGGUCACAAAGUUAGUGUCGGUGGCUGGGCUCAAGUGGAACGUGGAGAUUGGUUGCAAGAGUUGGAAAAGAAAGAGUUCCAGUGGAAUGUCAGCAUUGCGAAGUGCACCGGACAAAAUGUAAACUGGGGUUUGAGCAUAGGACGGAGAAAGCGUGAGGAUUGGCAUGAAGACGGACUCUCACCUGUCAUCAGUGAUGGACCUUAUGAACCCUCCACUUCACAGAUGCAGAUGGAAGCUUUUGUAAGGAUGGGAUGCGGAAAAGGUUUCAACUUGCAAUCUGGAAUAGUUUACAUUGUAGACAAACAUUCGCAAACCCCUGCCUUGAUGCUGAGAUCGUCUUGGACCAUGUAACGAGUCUGACAUACGGUUUAUUCUGUAAAUUCAACAGUUCCCCCUGUUUACUUC